CAGGGGCCGUGAGGGCAGCAGGGAGGGGACAGCGGGGCCGCAACGACCCCGGCGGCCGCCACGGCCCCGGCUGCCACCGCCAGCCGGUCUGCUAGGCGGAUCUGCGAGCGGAGAACCUCCCGGAGCUUCUGCGGGGGCUGAAGGUGCUGAGCCAGGAUGGGUUUGGCUGAGGACAAAGUGUACACCCAUAUUACGAGAAACCUCAAGAAGUUUGGGACUAUCCGAGUGGCGUCGCUGGCCGAUUCCCUGACCUGCCUGGUCGAUUCUGACAGAGAUGAACUCCUCGCCCGGGAGGAGACACGGGGCAACCAGGCAGCUGUCUUUAGGUUCUAUCAGCACCUGAGGUGCCGGAAGGGCUGGGUGCAGGAUCUCAUCCAGGCACUGCACCACAACAAUGCAGGGCACUUGGCUGAUGAACUGCAGGAAGUCUAUGAUACCUGGCAGCCUCGACCUCGUUCCUCAGCUUCUGCUGCUGCCUCCUCCCUUCCCAGUGAUGCCCAUCCCAGUGCCUCCACCAUCAGUGCCCAGACACCACCCCGGGGGCCAAAUCCUGCCCCAUUGGCUGGGCAGCCACACCGAGACCUGGCCACUGGUGACCAUCCACCUGUCCUGCCCAGUGCUGCCACCACCACAGGCACGGACCUGGAGGCCAGACUCCCUGUGCAGGAAUCGCUCCCCAAAAAACUCCCGGAGCAAGAGAAUCCCCAGCCAAUUUCACCUGGGAGCAAAGUCCAUGGCGGAGCGGGCGGUGGGCACAGCAGAGAGGGGAAUCUCUCACAUCCCACGGGAGCUGUGCCAGUGUCAGCGGGGACACCAGGGGUGGCCGUGCCACCAGCUGUGUCCCCAGAGCAGGGCCGGGACUGGCUGAGCCGCCGGCCGGUGUGCGUGGACAACGGGUUUUUUGGGAAUGCCAACCACCUGCACCGUGGCACGCCUGGCCUGGCCCUGGGCAGGGCUGUUCCAUCGAGGGAUGCAGGUGCCACUCACAGCCCUGGGCAGCCCAGGAAUGAGCCCGAAGAGAGCUCGGAUAUCUCCACGGAGCCACUGCCAAGGCUAGAGGGGGCCGCUCGUGGUGUGGGGCAGCAGCCCCCAAAGUCAGUGCCAAAAAAGCAGCCUGUGCCAAGCUCUGGGCAUGGUGAGCCCACGGGCAGCUUCGUGGAUGUGCGCAGCCCCCUCCUCAUACAGGAGCAGUUUGAUGUGGAGAGGAAGCGGGUUGGGAUGCUGCCAGAGCAUCCUGGGAGUGCAGGUGCUUUGAUGGAAACAGCUAUCCUGGGUGCUACCCCUGUGCCCAGAGACACUUUCCCAUCCCGUGACAGCUCUGUGAAGUCUCUUACGCAAGAGAAGAAGCUGCCCGUUGGGAAUAUAGCCAGUAGCACCCCCUCUGUGCCAGCGAAGGAGAAAGUGCUCCCGGCAUCGGCAAGCCCUGUCCUGGGCACAGCUGUGGUAGGUGGCUCUGAAGGCGUGGCUGGGAGAUUGGCUUCCCCGGUGAGCUCUGCCACGAGCAUCUGGGCACCUCACAGUGAUGAGGAGAGGGAAGAGGAGCUCAGCAAGCCAGGUGUCCUCGUGUCCACGCCUCGGGGCAGCCCAGAGGUGGCCGGCAGAUGCCCGAGCUCUCGGGAGCCCAGCAACCCCCGUUCCACCACCUCCAGCAGCCUUGGCCUCAGCAGCGACCCAAUCCUGGUGAGUAGGGAUAGCCCGAGCUCAGGAGCAGCAUUGCCCAGAGUCUCCUCAGUUCCUGCAGGCCCCAGAGAAAAGGAGGCAUCUGGAGCAAGCAGAGACUCCUGUCCUGCUCCAAGCUGGGACAGCAGCUCCCUGGGCACCCAUGAGCUCCAUGUGGAUCAUCACCCCAGUGUCCAGCUUGGAGCCGGCAGCAACGGAGUCAGUCCCCUCGGAAGCUCCAUGAAUUCCAGCUCUGGCAGUGCCACCAGCUCACCUCAGGCCAGAGCCCCAAAGGGGGACAGCAAUGGCCUGUCCCUGCUGUACAUCCUUCCAGCCAUUGGUGUCAUUUCUGCCGUGGCGUUCGCCGUGUACACCCGGCUGCGGAAAUAGCGGAUGGGACACCACGACCGUGACGCAGCCAGGGGGAUUCCUCUGGCAACAGGAUUUUGGCCAAUGCAUUUGAAGCCUGAAGAGUAGCAAAGGGCAGUAGGGGCAUUGUUAAAUCUUUUGCUGAAAGGUUCUGCUGGAAGAGGCCUUGGUACAUGAUACUGUUGGGUUUGGGUCCAUUCCCUCCCAUUUCCCAACCGUCUUGGCUGUAGCCUUCUCUUUUCCUCCACCCCUGGAGGAGAAGAUCUUGCUCCAAAACAUUCUAUUGAGUCAAAAAGGAAACCACUCAUGGUGAUUCUCCAUGUCUUUCUUGUUUAGUCCCAGGAAGCCUCAGGGAAACAUAUACUGGUGAUCCAAAGGGUGACCUCCAGGUCCCUUUGUGCAAUGCUGCCAGGAGAGGUUGUGCAGAUAUCCUGUAAUAGCAGAGCUGAUUUUCUUGGCUCUGCUCAUCUUGGCUUGAAAAUGUGCCCCGGGGGUGUGUGCAGCAGCCUCCACUGGACGUCUCAUGUUCAGUUUGCCUUACUUGGUGUCUCUGGCUCUGCUGCUCCUUCUGGGAUUGCUUCAUGUAGUACUGACCCUGGGGAUAAACAUGAGGGUCAGGAAAGGGCUGCAUCUAACAAGCAUUAUCAAGGAUCAGCCUCAUUUCACCCUCUCCAGGCGGGGAAAGGGGUUUUUGAUUUAAGAGGAAUGUUUCAGGCAAUGCCAUCUUCAAGCAGGCUUGGUCCCACAAAAGAUUGUUGGGUGUCUUUGAUUUUUAGGCUGGAUUUUUGGAGCUUGGUUGGAAGGGUAGAUGGAGUUCCUGCCCUUCCUGAUACCUGUUGCUAUGGGGUAGGGGUAUAGGAGCCUUCUGCCCAGGCUGGGACACAAAAGGGUCAACUGCACACUGCAGGGAGGCCCUACCAGACUCUGAGAUGCUCUGGGCUAUGGGGAGACCUUGUAGCACCUUUCAGUGUCUAAAGGGCUUGGAACAGACUGGUCUUGGGGAAGGUGUCCCUGCACAGCACUGCAGAUGGGAUCUCAUCUGAGCAGAAUCACUUCCCUCAUCCCAGUAAUUUAUUCAUUCUAAAUUCCUGCCAUCAGCACAACUUCCCAAAAUCCGCUCUUCCUGCUGGCAGGGAGCUCAGCCCCGUGGGGCCUGGCUGCAAAGUGCAGCCAUCACACCCAGAGCUUGGCCUGUGGGGGGAAAGGUCACUCAGCCCUCAAUGGCUGCUCCUCCCUCCCAACAGUUUCCUUCUGCCCAAAAAUCCAAGAAGUGCCUCCAUGAAACUAAGGACACCCAGUAGAUGCAAGAGGAAGGUGUUGAUGUGGUGUGUCAGGGCUGCUUUCCAGAAGAGCUCAAGGUUGUUCAUUCCUUGCUCAGUGCCUGGUGCUGAAGGAGGAAGGGACAGUCCUUUAAACCCACUCAGCCCCUUCUGCCAGGAGAAGGAACAUGGGGCUGCUCUUCCCAUUAAAGAUAAAAUGGUUAUCACUCCCUAAUGGGAGGGACAGGAAGGGACUUGCCUUCUCCACACUUCCUGUGGAUCCAUGAGAUCCCAAACCAGCUGCAUCCAUACCAAGGCCCUCUUCUCUGAUGCUUUACUUGCCUCUAAAAUUAUUCCCAUGUUUUUCCAUACAUUUAAACAACAGCUUGUACGCUUUGCCUUUUCAUGUUGGAUUUCUCAUGUGAAACAGCUGGUUUGUCACCACCUCAGACUGGGGAAAGCACACAUUCAGAUUGCUGCUGUGAAGUGCCAGGAUUUUCACAGUUGUCACGUAGCACUUUAAAGCCUCAUUGGCAGGAGAUGGUACAGGAGGGAGCUGUGUCCCAGCACAUCUUUUACUAACAGGCUAAAAAGCCUUUUACUAACUAUAAUAAAUUGGUUUGAUGCUUCA